AUGACCGAUCCUAACCAAGCGAAGAAACAGAAGAUUGAGGCGCAACCUCCAAGGCCCCAGAACAUCGGUAUCAAGGCUAUUGAGUUGUACAUUCCAUCACAGUGCGUGAACCAAGAGGCAUUGGAGGCGUAUGACGGCGUGUCGCAAGGCAAGUACACUAUCGGCUUGGGCCAGACCAACAUGAGCUUUGUGAACGACCGCGAGGACAUCUACUCGAUGUGUUUGACCGCGUGCUCGAACUUGAUGAAGAACUACGAUAUCAAGCCGGAAAGCAUCGGCCGCCUCGAGGUGGGUACGGAGACGUUGCUUGACAAGUCGAAGUCCGUGAAGUCUAUUUUGAUGCAGUUGUUCGGCGAGAACACCGACUUGGAGGGUGUCGAUACCGUGAACGCCUGCUAUGGCGGUACUAACGCGUUGUUUAACUCCUUGAACUGGAUUGAGUCCAGUUCGUGGGACGGUCGUGACGCAAUCGUUGUUUGUGGUGACAUCGCAAUCUACGACAAGGGUGCCGCCCGGCCCACUGGCGGUGCGGGAACUGUCGCUCUCCUGAUCGGUCCAGACGCCCCCAUUGUCUUUGACUCUGUGCGUGGCUCGUACAUGGAGCACGUCUACGACUUCUACAAGCCUGACUUCCGCAGUGAGUAUCCAUACGUGGACGGCCACUUCUCACUAACAUGCUACGUCAAGGCCGUCGACCAGGCUUACCGCGCUUAUUCUCGGAAGGCUAUCGCCAAGGGUCUUGCAGAGAAUCCAGCGGGCCCAGAAGCCGUGAAUGUCGCCACCUUCUUUGACUACAACGUCUUCCACGUCCCCACCUGUAAGUUGGUCACCAAGUCGUACGGCCGUUUGCUAUAUAACGACUUCAGAGCCAACCCAGAGCUUUACCCAGAAGUCUCUGCAGACCUCGCUACGCUUGACUACGAAGCCUCGCUUGCUGACAAGAACAUUGAGAAGACAUUCGUGGGUCUUGCUAAGCCCCUCCACAAAGCGCGUGUUGAGCCAUCCCUUGUUGUCCCAACCAACACUGGAAACAUGUACACGGGGUCCGUGUAUGCCGCAUUGGCCUCCCUGCUCUACUAUGUGGGCAACGACGCCUUGCAGGGCAAGCGCAUUGGCCUCUUCUCAUACGGUUCGGGUCUUGCGGCUUCCUUGUUCUCCGUCCGCGUCCUGGGCGACAUUAAGCACAUCACCCACAACUUGGCGCUAGACACUAAGCUUCAAAACAGAAAGACAGAGACUCCAGAGGACUACGAAAAGGCCCUCGCUCUCCGCGAAGCUGCCCACCUACAGAAGGCUUAUACCCCACAGGGCUCUCUUGACCUUCUGCAACCAGGCACCUACUACUUGACUGCGGUCGACGACAGAUACAGAAGAUCCUACGCCGUUAAGGAGUGA